AUACACAGCUUAACAUCGGGCUUAACAUGCGCAUUUAGUGAUGUGGAGGCAAGGAUGAUUUCUGCAUAAAAGGAGCUGAUACUAUAUGGGAGGAUAACAGGGGAUAACAGGUUGCAAGUACAAUGGCCGGGACAAGCUCAACAUCUGCUGGAAAUUCGUCGGGGAUGGAAAUUACCCAACAUAAGCAGAGUAGGAAGGAAAAAUACCUGGACCGAAACCAUGUUGCUGCAGAUUUGCGACAGAAGUGUAAAUGUGGUGAGGAUUGCCUGUCAAAAAUUGAUAUUGAGACGGCGCAUUUAUGGAGGAGCCGUUUGUUUCAGUGUAAAGAGGGAAGUGCCCGACAAGUCAAAAUCAUCGAAUUGAUGCAAAGUAUGCAGCUUACUGUGGACUUCAACACAUUCAUAAUCAAUAGCGAAGUCUACUGUCGACAUGCUUGGUUGCAAAUUUUACGUAUUUCUGAGAGUUCAUUCUACCGAGCACUUAAACUACUAGGCGAUGGAAAGCUGCACAAUCCAUGCAAUAUUGGAAACAAUGGAAAAGGCUCUCGAGGCCAGGAAGCAGUUGGUUUCAUGGACAAUUAUGUGAAAAUGAUGGGCGACAUCUGUCCGACGACUGGACGCACAUUCCUUCCUUGCUGCACUGACAUUGGAGAUGUGUAUGAUGUGUAUUGUCAGCACUAUUACAAUCAGGAACAACAGAUAACAAGAACACGUUUCAAACAACUUUGGAAGGAAUACUAUUCACAUGUUUCAUUUCCAAAAAUUACGAGGAUGACCAAAUGUAAUGUCUGCAUAUUGGCAAAAGAUCUUGUCUCAAAAACAUCAGAUCCUCAGACAAGGAAAAUGUUGGUUAAAGAACGUGAUGAACAUCUCAAACGCCAGUGGGGAGAGAGGAACGCAUAUUACAAAAGGAAAGCAGAGGCCAGUUCCAACAGCGAAGGUAUUAUAAGUGUCAUUGUGGACGGUAUGGACCAAGCUAAAACCUAUCUUCCGCACUUUAAAGGAUGGUCUAACCCAAAGGAUUGUGACAAGUACAGACUGCAGCCUCACAUUGAAGGCUGUCUAGUGCAUGGCAGGACAUUUUAUGCCUACCUAGUCCUGGAAGAUAGCCAUGAUUCCAACAUGGUCAUCAACACAUUAAUGAAGGCUUUGGUAAAGGAGAGUGCGGGAAGACCUCUUCCUUCAACUCUUUACCUACAACAGGAUAAUUGUUGGAGGGAAAACAAGAACCGCUUCUUCAUUGGGUUCAUGGCCUAUCUGGUGGCAAUGCACAUAUUUAAUGAGGUUCAGAUGUCUUUUCUUAUGGUAGGGCACACCCACGAAGACAUAGAUCAGCGCUUUAGUUGCAUCUCGAGAUCACUGAAGCAUCGGGAUGCUCGCACGCUUCCAGAGCUCCAGAGGGUGAUUGUUGACUCUAUGCCAAAGAUGUCAGUUAAGGCUUUGAGGUUAGGUCAGGUGUUUGAUAUCAAAACUUGGCUGGAGCCAUACCUCAAUCCUAUAAGUCAGCAUAGUGCACAACAUGCAUUCAGACUGACACGUUCCAAGGACGGACCUGUAUUGCUCCACUACAAGCAAUGGAACCAAGAUCCAGAUUGGCUGCCUCUGGCAAAUGAGGAUCAGAUUCCUGUCUUUAUCUCAGAUGAAGAUGGGAAAAUGAAAUUACCCCCAGGUAAUCCAAACUUGCGACAGGCAACGUUUGAAAAACAGAGUCUGGAAAUGGUUAAGCGAACCAUAUCAAAUGCCAAGCACCAUUUAACAGAUGCAGAACAUGUCAGUUGGUGGAGCAAUUUUUUUGAGAACCCUCUUAAUGAUGCUCCAGCCAAUGACUGGUUUCUGACCAAACUUGCACGUCAAGCCCAUUCUCAACCAGACGGCCCUGGUGAAGUGACGGGAGAACUGGACUUGGCUCCUACACUACUGACACCUUUUCUAGAGAAGGAACGCCAUACCAUCAGGAUUAUACAUAAAAGGAACUCACGGUCAAAGACAAUCCAGGUAGCCCUCACCCUCCAAGCUGGUAAAAUGGUUUUGACAAAAUCAAAGGGUGUGGGGCAGAUAGUGGGUAUAACAGAUGAUGAGAUCUCAUUAUCUGUAUACCAAGGGAAGAAGCACACUAUCUGGAGACCUCUUCUGCGACCGAAUGGAUCUUCAAAACAAAAAGUUGUAAACAGGGAAGAUAUUUCCAAGACGUUUGACUUGACGCCAGGUAUGAGACUUCCCGGUAACAUUGUGACGGCAAUGGAUGAACUUUAGAGUUGUUUUUUUUUCUCUCGAAGUCAGAGUCAAGAGUAUAUAGGUUUGUAAUGGUAUAAGCUAUAUCUAGCUAUGAGAAAAUAAUUAAAGUAAGUCAGUCAAUUCUGAUAUGUUCUAAAGGAUCCAUUUUAGUUCCUCUGUAAAUGUUUUAAAAAUAUUUAUAAUGUUCCUGAUUUUUAACACACCUACUUUAUAAAAGAUAUAUUUGAAUACGUAUUUCAUUACAUAUGAAAUAGAAAUUAUAAACAUACCACAUAGGCCUACCAUUAACACAUCCCUCUGUCUGCUUUAACACAUAAAUCAAAGCAUAAUGAUUAAUUUAGUAAGUAGUGUUAGAAAUUCAAUUGCAUUCUUUAUUUAUAAAGUAAGCGCUCUUCUGGAACAUGUGACGGUAAGUCCUGAUUUUUUUUCUGUUCUUUCCCUUUAAUACCUCUCUCUUGUUUUGUAUUUCCAAAGUUAGGUCAAUGUGUACCCAAAGGUUUUAUGAGCUUUGAGUAAAUAGUUUUAUUAUCAUCUAUGUUUUUGGCUUCUUGCUUACGAUGUGAACAAAUAAUGAAACCAGGAAUAUGGUGAAUGCAAUAAUAAAUAAUUAGUUAAUUAUCACGU